AUGUUGUCCCUGACUUCGCGCGGCGGUAGCCGCAGGAAUUGCCGGAAGUCGAACGUCGUGUUCAACGCUCUGCCUACGUCGCUUGUAGGCGAUAUACGGUGCUUUGCGAGGCCACCACAGCAGCGACACGGAAGCGAUCCAUCGACCGUAUCCUGCAAGCCCCCGAAAGCAGGAGUCGCUUCGCGCGCCUCCAAAGGCUCACGCCACAUGUUAUCGGCUCGACUGUCCACGUCAAGUUCGACUACUUCUACGGGCGAUCGGUUUUUCGAGACGGAUGCGGCGACGCAGAUGGGAGUGGGCGACUUUGUCAUCGAAGGCGACAUGGCGUCGGACAAGAAAGCCUCGUGGGGCAAUGUGAAAGAGCCGCGCGGGGUGCAGGUGCUGGCCUGGGGCGGGCUCUCGAACGUUGUGUGUGAAGAGGUCCUCGGAUGCAGCAGCGAACGCCUCUACACAGUUUGGUUGUCGAUGAGGGAGGGCCAAGUGCGCAACGGGCAGUUUGGAAGCAACGUCGUCGCUGCCAUGUUCAUUACAUGUGGGCAGGACGCCGUGAGCGUGGCAGAGGCCUCCUGGAGCCACCUGACCAUGGAGUACAACAGAGAGACAAAGAGCCUCAAGCUGUCGCUGUUCUUCCUGUCUCUGCCUGUCGGUGUUGUUGGCGGCGGAACCGCGCUACGCGGCGCAGAAGGCGUCGCUCGAGCUGCUGAAAUGCACGGGCCCGGGAUGAAGCGACCCCUCGCUGGGCUGACAGCCGCUUUCGCUCUGGCGCUGGACACCUUGUUCCCCUUGCGGAGGGGCCGGCAAGACGAGGCAGAGAUUGACGUUGAUACCAACACCAACACCGACACCGACACCGACACCGACACCGACACUAAUACCGACACCGAUACCGAUGCCGAUACCUAG